AUGGCCGCCGCGGAGUCCCGCGUCGCGAAGCUCGCCUCGAAGCUUUACGACGCCUGCGCAGACAAUCAUGACCCCGACACUCUCCUCUAUCAGCAUGAUCUCAUCGAUCUCGGUGUUCUCCCCAGCGAUGACAUUGCGCUCCUCCUGCAGUGCACCCAGUCGCUUGUCGAUCAGAAAUUGUUCCGGCUCCACCAGGGCCAGGGCCGCAUCGGAUGGAAGCUGAUUCCUCGGGAAGACGCUGAAAAAUUGCAGAGCCUCAAUGCCGACGAGGCCUUGGUGUACAAUGUCAUCCACUCGACAGGCCGCUCCGGCGUCUGGGUACGCGCCAUCCAGCAGCGUACGAACCUGCACAAGUCAAUUCUCGACCGCGCCCUGAAAUCGCUUGACAACAGAAAUUACAUCAAGAGCAUUCACAAUGUCAAAUACCCCAGCCGGAGGAUGUACAUGCUGUCCGGCCUCGUACCUUACGAGGACGUCAGCGGAGGUGCCUGGUUUACUGACGGAGUACUCGACGCGAACUUCAUCAAUAGUCUUGCUGGAUUCAUCGAGUACACCGUCAGCCGGAAGAGCUGGUACGAAGUGCCCGCUACCGACCGCGGCCGCAGCGCCAAACGAGUCAAGACCGCCACCGGCAAAGCCGAGGUCAACGGCGAACCCCCCACAAAGACAUACCUCCCGUACCCAAGCAACUACAAGGGCUAUCCCACCGUGAAGGCAAUUACCGAUGCCGUGAACUCGAGCGGCAUCACACCAGUCCAACUCUUCGAAGAUCGUAUCAUGCAACUCCUCGACAUGCUCUGUUUCGACAAAAAGCUCGUCGCACUCGACAACGGCCAGUGCUACAAGUCGGUGAAGAACCCAGAAGCCAUCAAGGCUGCUCAGUCGCGCAAGCCUCCCGUCGAAGGCGUGGAGCCGGAACCUCUACUCGGUCGAAACGGCAUGACCGAAUCACCCUGCGGACCCUGCCCGAACUUCAAACUCUGCUCUCCCGGCGCCGCCAUCAGCCCGGAAACCUGCGAAUAUUUCGACCCGUGGAUCGAGCAGGUCCUCGGGUUCUGA